GUUCAUUCCUCUCAUUUGUGUUUCUGUCUGUGACGCUCCCGGUCGUUCCGUGCCAAGACUCUUGAUUUUUCAUCCCCAACAACUCAUUAAACCCCCCCCAAAGACUUAGUGAACAUCCCCAUUUUAGCCAAAGAUCUUUCUCAUACCAACUGUUAAUAAUAAGCUGUGAAAAUUCAUUAAUAAUCUGACAAAAUGUAGAGUGAAAAUGGUGACUUAUUUAACGGAUUUUUAUCGUUAUGACGGGAAAAUUGGUGUUUUCCUCAUUUAGGUUUGCAAAUACGCUUAGUCAGACCCAAAAAGUGAUAAUUAAUAUUAAAUUGAUUGAACAUUAACCGUGAGAUAUAUUGACUUGGGAUAACCUAAAAGAUUCGGUAGUUUUUAUACAAAAUAAAGUGAAGAAUUGAGAUUGUGGUACUUAUCAGUCUGCAAAAUGUACAGGUAAUUUGUUCAACGUGCUGUGUGAAGUGUUUGUUCAGUGAAUUCGACGGUAAUAUCAUUCCCUUGACGAAUAAAAAGAAACAAAAUGUCGGAUAAUAUAAAAGUGGCGAUUAAAGUGCGUCCCUUGAUAAAGAGGGAGGAAAGGGAUAAUCUGCCUGAACAGUGGGCCAUUGACAACAACAAAAUCACCCAGUUUGAUGUGGAGACCAAGAAGAGAGGAGAAACUGAGUACAGCUUCGACUACAUUUUUGAUCAGAAAUCUACUAACGAAGAUGUUUUCAAGGCAACGGUUCUCCCUGUGGUAGAAGCAGCGAUGCGAGGGUUCAAUGGAACCAUCUUUGCGUAUGGUCAGACCUCAUCUGGAAAGACCUACACAAUGAUGGGGACGCAGCUGGAGCCAGGAGUGAUUCCUCUGGCAGUCACUGCGAUAUUUGACUACAUCAUGAAGGACGAGACUCGAGAAUUUGUGCUAAGUGUUUCGUACAUUGAGCUGUACAACGAAAAGGUUAACGAUCUUCUGGACACGACGAAUCAGGACUUGAAGCUCCGCGAGGAGAACGGGGAGGUGAAGGUGGACUGUAAGGAGGAGGUGACUCAUUCGGUGGAGGACAUUCUGAGGGCGAUGAAGAGGGGGCAGAAAAAUCGUAGAAUAGGAGAGACACACAUGAAUGAUAAAAGCUCGAGGAGCCACACUAUAUUCAGGAUCAUGAUCACCAGUGUCCUGCGAAGUGAUCCAGAUGGAGUUGCCACUGUUGCCCAAUUGAAUUUGAUUGAUCUCGCUGGAUCCGAACGGGCCAAAGAGACUGGAGCCACUGGAGACAGAUUCAAGGAGGGAAAACAUAUCAACCUGUCACUCUCCACUCUAGGUCUUGUGAUCAAUCAAUUGAGCGAAAGCCAGAUCAAGUGUAAGGGGCAGAAGGGGGUGGGACACAUCAGCUAUAGGGACUCCAAAUUGACGCGAAUUUUACAGUCGAGUUUAGGCGGCAACUCCCUGACGACCAUCAUUUGUGCUGUGACACCAGCGGCUGGUGAUGAGACAUCUUGCACUCUGGCAUUUGCCCAGAGGGCGAAGGGCAUCAAGAACAAACCGAAGGUGAAUGAGACUGGGAGCGAUGAGGCACUGGUCAAGAAAUUCAGGAGGCAUAUUCACAGGCUCGAGGGGGAUCUCAAGGAUAUGUCAAAGGCGUUGAAGGAGGAGAAGGAGGAAAAGCAGGAGAAACUCCAGAUUAUUGAUGUACUCAAGGGGCGAAUUGAACUCCUCAGGACCAAAAUUCUCUCUGGAGAUGGGUGCAGGAGUGAGGGUAAAAAGUCCAAGUGCCCAUCCAGCCGGAGGAGGACCUGGGGGGGCCCUGGGACUUCCCCAAGUUCUUCUCCAGUGACUUUUGAAUUGCCAACCAUUCAGGAGAGUGUUGUACUACAUGAAGAUCCUGAGGAGAAGAAAAAAUACAUGAAGAGGAGGCAGAGUGUCUUCAGAAAUGUCAAGCUAGUGACUGAUGACGAAUCGUUCUCGACCAACUGGGAGGACUUUGAACUACAGCUCAUCAAGGAUGAGGAGGAGAAGAUGGCACGUUGGUCCUGCUUGAGCAAUGACUCUGUGCAACAACCUCGGGAAAUGUACGUUGAUUAUGGGAGGCACGUGGAAGAGCCCGAGUCAGGGUCUGGCCACACCUCAUCCAACGCUGAAUGCCCAACAACACCGACCAAAAGUAAUUCUCCUAACGCUGAAAGCGGGUCACCUGAAACUCCUAAGACACAUCUUCGCCAUCAGAUAACAGACCUCUGCAUUGAGUACAAUCAACUACGAUGUUACACGACUCUGGAGAAACAGCUGCGCCAGGAGGAUGCGGUACCUCAGGAACCGAUGCUGGAAUUCAUCCAGAAAUCCCUCCUGGACAGUGAGCAGGUAUGCAAGGAUAUAAAUAAGAAGUACUCAGAGCUAAAGAGUGAAUAUUCCAUUCUGACAAACGAGCACCAGGAGUCCCUCGAAGAGUGUGAAAAACUACGAAGAACUGUUGAAUCGCUGACAUCAGCAGGAGAACAGUUACCGCUGAUCGAAUCGGAGAGGAAUCUCUUCAAGGCCAAGUUCGAGGAGACCACGAACAAAUUGAAAAUUCUGGAGGACGAAACCUCCUCCCACGCGUAUGCUAUGGAACUUUUGGUUGAUAAACAUAAGCUCAGGGAGAAGGAGCUGGAGAAAUCUCUGAAUGCCGCCUGGGAGGAGCUAAAGUCACUCAAAGAUGGACCUAGCCAGGCAGUUGACAGUAAAAGUAACGAUAAUGACUCUUUAAAACUUUUAAUCAGUAAAUUGACGACUGAAUUGACUUCAGCAGGCGAAAAAAUUGAAGGACUUGAUAACGAAAAUAAGGAAUUGAAAGAGCAAGUGAACUUGUUAAUAUCCAAAGCCGAAGAAGAUGUGCAAAUGCCCAAAGAAAUCGUUGAUGAUUUGAAUAAAAAGAUCGAGGAUUUGGAAUUGGCUCUCAAACUCAAAGACUCGGAGAUUUCUGAGCUCCGAGAAUCAAUUUCUGCCACCAACGAAAAUGAGGAAUUAAAGGAGAAACUGAACUUGUUGAUGGCAACCGCCGAGGAAGAUGUAAAAAAUCAUAAAGAAAACGUCGAUGAGUUGGGUAAACGAAUUGAGGAGUUCGAACUGACUAUUAAAUUGAAAGACUCGGAGAUUUCUCAGCUCAAGGAAUCACUUUCUGCUAGUAACGAAAAUGAGGAAUUGAAAGAGAAACUGAACCUGGUGAUGUUGAAAGCCGAAGAAAAUGUAAAAAAUCAGAACGAAAUCAUUGACGAUUUGAACAAAAAAAUUGAAGACUUGGAAUUGACUGUUAAACGGAAGGAAUUAGAGAUUUCUGAGCUCCAGAAAUUGAUUCCUGUUGCCAACGAAACCGAGGAGUUAAACGAGAAACUGAACUUGUUGAUGUCAAAAACAGAAGAAAAUGAAAAAAAUCAGAAAGAAAUCGUUGACGAUCUACAUAAAAAAAUUGAGACCUUGGAAUUGACUCUUAAAUGCAAAGACACGGAAAUUUUACAUCUACAGAAAUUAACUCCAACUAAACAACCGCAGUUGACACAGAAGAGCCCGGAAAUUUCCUCCCCUGAAGCUGCAGAAAGGCCUCCAGAGUCGUCUCCAGUUUCAAAAUUACCAUCAAAACUGGAGGAUACAAAGUUCAGAAUCCCGAAAAAUAUCUCAACGAUUGAUAAAACCCUCCUGGAAGAGAGCAUAAUUUCCAACACCAGCUUUUUCAACUCUUUCGCUCUGGAGAAGUCGCUUGCUCCAACCGACUCAGUAUUUACCAACGAUAUGUCUAUCACUGCAAAUACCACGAUAUCCACUAGUCUAAUCGAUCCAGAUCAGAGUCUUCUCCAGGAGUCUCUGCUCCAGGGCUUGCUCGCCAAAACCCCGGAGGAAUUGAUCUCAGUGAUCGAUGCCCUGGACAAGAACAACAGGCGACUGAUGAAGGAGUUUCAGGAGAAGGCUCUGGAGAGUGAGGAGAUAAAGAACUACGUCUCAACCUUCAAAGCUGACGUGGAAAACCUUCGACAAACCGUCAUGAUCCUAACAAACGAGAAUGCCGAACUGACGAUAGAACUGGAGCACGAGAACGUUCACGCUGACGAGAUAAAACGGUCGUUGGAGAAGCAGGUGAAGAAUAUCCUGGAGGAGAAGCGAAAUCUGGAGACUUUGAACAAAAGCCUGAACAACUCUGGAAUGAAUCUCAUGGAAUUCAGUGUCUGCACAGGGGAUGAUCUCCAGGUGAAAAUUGAUUCGUUGACAGCUGAGAAUGGCCACUUAUCCUCUGAUCUCAUGGAGAAGCUGGAGGAACUGGAGGAAAUGGAACGAAAAUUCCAAAUUCAGAAGGAGAAGUGCCAGACACUGGAAAAGGAGAAUGAAGAUCUGUCGAACAAUCUCAUGGAGAAGAUCGAGGACUACGAGAGAAUUAUCCAGGGGCUAAAGGAUCAAUUGUCAGUGAAGAGUGAUUCCUGCAAAACGUGCGGACACCUGGCUGAAUUGAUCCAGACCCGUCGGGCUUUGAAACUGGAAGUUAAAUCAGCUGAUAAAAAACUUGAGGAUUUGAGAGAGGAUUUUGAGAGGAGAUCAGUCAGUGUCGGGAAGUUGCAGGAAAAAGCGAAGGAGAAUAUGAAUAUUUCUGGUUUUCUGGACGAUACGAUAUUCAGUGGAAGUAUUCUGGAAGCUCCAGAAGGUGUUGAUGCUGUCUCGUAUGUUGAGGAGAAAGUGCAGAAGCUGCACAGCGAGUUGGAGGACUUGAGGACUAAUUAUGACAGCUUGACGACUCUGUACAAUCAGAAGUGCCAAGAGAUCGAGACGUUGAGUGAUAAGAAGAUAGAUCAGGUCAGGGAGGAGGUGCAGAGACACAGAGAUGAUCUCCAGAAGUUCAAGAAGUGCAUUAACAACGUCAGCAAUGCUCUGGAGAAGUUCAAGGAUGAGAAGUCGGCGGUUGAGGGCCAGCUGGAGGCACUGAAGGAGGAGAAUAAGUGUUUGCUGGAGAGAGUGAGAGAGGGCGAGAGAAUUUCCCUGGAGUUGAAAGCAGCUGGAGAAACCAAUGAGACUCUGAAGGAGACUGUUGAUACCUUGAGUGAUGAUUUGAGGAGUUGUAGAAAUGAAAAUGGUCGUCUUGUUGAUGAGAUCUCAUCGUUGAAGGCUCAAGUGAAUGAUCAAACUAAUUCUCCAAGACUUCAGGAGCUGGAGGAGGCAAAAUCGUACUUGAAAAAGGAGAUAACCUCUCUCCAGUCGUCACAGAAGUUGGAUGAAACACCGGUGAUAAUCGACCUGAUAAAACUCUUCAUCACUACGAUAAUGGCAAAAGAGAGUGAAAUUAUACAGACGAUCCAGUCCUCCCACAAGAAGGAGAAACUCAAGCUGGAAGAGGAGAAGAAGCAGCUGGUGGACGCGGAAAAAAGAUCGAUGCUGUGGGCUAAGGAGCUGGAGGCAGAUGUGGAGAGACUCCAGAAUGAAAUUUCAACUCACGAGGCGAAGAAGUCGUCUCUGGAGGAGGACUUAUCACGGUUCCAGAACCUUCUGAAGGAGUUGAAGCACGAGAAGAAUUUGUUGGACGAGAAGGUGAGGGUCAUGGAGGCGGAUUACGUGGUUCUGCAGUCGGAUCUGGAAAAGUAUUCGAAGGGGUCAUUCUCGGAGGACUCCAAGUCACUGAGCUUGGAGGAGCAUGAAAAGAUUCUCCAUGAGGCACUGAUGAAUAAGGAUAUUGAGCACUCGUCCAAGGUUCAUCAGCUGGAGGAGAGGCACAGGAUGAAGAUCGAAGAGCUGGAGAACUCUGUGGACUGUCUCAAAACGAAGAACAUGGAAUUGAGGAGGAGUAUCGAGGGACUGGAGGCCAACAAGGAGAAUUAUCAAGCUAUCAUCGAUCUCAAGGGCAUUGAGCUGGAUAAAUCAGUCAACACCAUUGAUCGACUGGAGAAAGAACUGGAGGAGGCGUCAGUGGCCUGUGAUAGCCUCCGGAGACUGAACGAUGAACAUCUGGGGAAGGUCAAGGAGGUCACGGAACUUCUGAAGGUCAAGUGCGAUAAGCUCUCGGAGAUGAAAAACCAGAUUCAGGGAAUGACCCCUGAGUAUGAGAGACUCAAAGACGAAUCAUUGGAGAAUCAGUCGAGACUGGAAAAAUACAAGACUGAGAUCGAGUUCUUGAGGGGAGAGAGCAGUAAGCAGAAAGCCAUGUUGGAUGAGGUACAGGAUGCCAUGAAGAGUCAAGAGAUUAAAUCUGCAGGUCUUGAGAAACAACUUGCUGAGAGUAAAAAUCUUAAUGAGGUUCUCCAGGCAAAGUUACACGGUAUGGAGGAAAAAAUUGAAGCUCUCACAGCGGAGAAUGAAUCACUUGUCAGGAAGAUCAGGAACAGUACCAGUAAACUCACUGCUGAAAGAGAUCUGGAGGAUCUCCGGGAUGAGAGUGCGGGGUUGAAGAGGAGUCUUGAAGGGGCCAGCAAUAGAAUUUUAGAACUUCAGACGCAAAAGUCACAGCUUCUCUCCGAGUUAACUGACCUAAAAUCACAGCUUACCUCCUCUCAGUCAUCGUCCACCACCAUCACCACUCUUCAGACGACAAUCACCGGCCUCCAGUCUCAGCUGGAAGCAUUUCAAUCUGAAAAUAUGAAACUGAAGAAAGAAAAUGAGGAACUCGACAAAGAGAUGGACCUUAUGCUGCAGAGAAUCGAAGAACUGGAUAAUUAUGGUACCAACAUGGAGAGGAAAUACUGGGACCUCAAAGAAGAAAAAGACGCCCAGACCAGCACCCGAACUCAAGAUCCAGACUACAAUAUUCUAAGAGAAAAAUACGAUAAAUUGUCGAGAGACUUUCAGGAGCAGGUAAAGACGUGUGACACCUUGACGAAGGAAAAUGUUGAAUUGAAGUUAAAAAUCAACGACGGGUUGACGCACCCCAAGAGCAAUAGCUCCUCCAGGUCAGCGAGCCCCACCCCAAGUGUGUCAAUGAGGAGAAAGAGACGAAGUGAUAUUUUCAAUCAGAAUCGGCCGCAGGAGCUCGCACAGGAGUUCGUCGUAACCGAGGAGAGAGAGUGCAAUUGUGAGAGUCUCAGGAAGACUAAUCUCGAUCUGGAGCAUCAGUUGGUCUUGAAGAAGGGCAAGAUAACAGCCCUGGAGAUGAAGAUCGCAGGUCUCUGCGUUCCCUACAAGAAGAAGUGCGAGGAUUACCAGGAAAUGUUGGAUCUGGCUAAGCAGAAUAUCCAGCAAUUGCAGAAGGAAGUCAGCAGGCUCAGGGAGGACCAGGGCAAGGCCAGCAACUGUGAGAAGUGUAAAUACUGGAGAGACAACAGGAGAGAUGCCGAGACGCAGUGCAUUCCAGAGGUCAUGACUGGGUUUUUUGCGCCCAGAUCGGGAAUUGUUGCGGACCAGGUAAUGGUUGAUAAGAAAAUCGAGAAAUUGGAGAAAGAGAAAGACAUUCUGAAGAAUCUGUGUCGUUCUCGUCGUUCGGAAAUCUACAAAUUGGACAGGAGAGUGAAAGAAUUGGAACUUCUGUUGCAAUCCUACGAAACUGUAUCUGGGGACUCGAUUCAAUCUAAUGGCAAUAUGAGGGAGGAAUUGAAAGAGAACGUGCCUUCAAACAUCAUGGGACAGUCUAUAUCCUCUUCAUCCCGUUCGUACAGUCUUAACCAGUGAUAGAUAGAUUAAUUUCCGCGAGAGUAUUUAAUUAGACGAUUGAAUGCAUUAUAUAUUGAGUUUAUCAAGUGACCUUAGGAUUAUACCAUGUAUAUUUUUGGAGUUGUCAGUGUCCACUAUGCAGAAAGUAUUUUUAUUGAGAAUUACGAAUUGAGAAAUAAAAUUUCUAUUAUCUUUA